AUGGCGAGCGGCCAAGGCCAGGAUGAAGUACACGUAACGAAGCCUCAUGAGGGAAUCACAGUCAUCACAAUAGACAGAGCACACCGACGUAAUGCUGUGGAUGCCAACACGGCACGCAAGCUGUUCGCCGCGGUCACUGCUUUCGGAGACGAUGACUCUCAGAAGGUCGCAGUCCUCCAUGGAGCCAACGGAACCUUCUGUGCUGGCUUUGACUUACAUACUGUCAGCGGAACUGAGCAGGCGCAUUACGACAAAACGGAUGUGUCUGGGACCUUAGGCCCUAUGGGACCGUCAAGACUACAGAUCAAGAAGCCAUUUCUCACAGCUGUGUCAGGCUACGCUGUGGCAGGGGGUCUAGAGCUGAGCUUACUUGGCGACAUGCGAAUCGUGGAAGAGGAUGCCGUCUUUGGUGUGUUCUGCAGACGAUGGGGCGUUCCGCUGAUCGACGGCGGCACUGUCCGCCUGCAAGCUGUCAUCGGGCUGGGAAGAGCGCUUGACAUGAUUCUAACAGGUCGAGCCGUUGAUGCUCAGGAAGCGCUCGCCAUGGGCCUUGCUAAUCGGGUCGUGCCUAAAGGUAAAGCGCUCGAAGAAGCCCUGAAGAUUGCUCAGCAGCUUCGAGACUUCCCUCAGAUCUGCAUGAACGUGGACAGAACUUCAUGCUACAACGCCUGCUACAACGCUCGCUCAUUCGAGGACGCCAUGAAGUUCGAGAUUGACGGUGGGCUGGAAUCAGUCGAUGCCGAGGUUGCAGCUGGUGCGAAGAGGUUCAGUCAAGGAAAAGGAAGACACGGCAGUUUCGCAAAGCUGUAA